UUUUACGUACGAAUGUGUUUGUGCCACUAGUUGAGGAAAAUAUUUGCAAAUAGCUGUUUUGUUUGCAAUGCUAUGUUUUUAGCAGCUGGACAAAUAUUCAGUUGAACACUCAUUAUGUGUUUUGAACUUGUUUCUGAAUAAAUGUUUUCAUUCGUGAUCAGAAAUCGGAAGAAGCUGCUGAAGUUUGGAGGAAACAAAAGCAACUAUACACGGGUUUACACGUUUACUAGUGUGCGUAGUUCCCACACCACAGCACAGCAUAUCGGGUUGUCACGGUUUCUCAGUACAAAUUAGAUUAAAACAUCAAAUAACUUGUAAUCAAUGUUAAAUUAAUAGAGUCUAAUGAGGUGUGGCCUGAAUAAAGCUUAAUAGAAAUGACUCUAGACUCUUACGACAAACUGCUGGGAACAGUAACACAAGAGUACAAAAUUCUAGCUGAGUACAAGCGAUUGCAAAACGAAGACCUGGGCGGCGUUUAUGUGAUUCCGUCUUUCGAGAACAGCUUCUUGUGGUUCGGUGUUAUAUUUGUUCGUAGUGGACCAUACAAGGAUGGCGUUUUUCGAUUUACUAUUACGUUGUCUGAAAAGUUUCCGUCCGAUGGCGCUGUCCCGACAAUAACCUUCCAAAGCGAAACCUACCAUCCACUUAUCUGUCCCUACAACGGUACCGUGGAGCUGUCGGAAGCAUUUCCUAAGUGGAAAAAUGGCGAAAACCACAUCUGGCAGAUGUUAAAAUUUGUACAGUACAUAUUCGCCAGCUUGGACGAGUUCAUGUCGCUGGCCGAGCAGAGUGCCAAUAACGGAGCCCACGAAAUGUACCAUCAGAAUCGAUCGGACUUUCUCCAGAAGGUGAGCGAAUGCGUUCGACAGAGUCAGAAUCAACUGUAUGAUCCCGCACCGCUGCAGGAUCGAAAUUAUAUAGUGUUUGAGAAGUAUGAACAAGAGACUCAUGGUUCGGUUCUAGAGUCGAUGAAACAAGGGCGGGUCUCUGAGGCCAACACUCCUCCAGCAUCAGGGCUUUCCUGGGUGAAAGAAGGCGUAUUUCAACCGUUGAGCAAGCAGGAGCAGUGAAAUAGUGUCCGUUUAAGGGAAAACGAUUCAAGUUAGCCGUACUAAUAUUUAUUUUUUCUAUACGAAUGAAAUUGGAAUGAACAAAUGGCAUUACACUAAUAGAUAGAUUAAAUUAAAUAAUUAAGUAUUUUAUCAUAA